UAACAGAAGAAAAACGUACUUCCGCAUAAACAGGAAGUUAACCGCUAUAAGACAGACAGAUAAAAAAAACGAGUCGCGAUUAUAAUUGUGUACUUAAAAAAAUAAAUAAAUCUAAAGGUAAAUAAAGGUGAUGAACUCGCUGGUGGGAUACGGAGUCUCAUCUGAGUCAGAGGAUGAAGAGGAAGCACAGAGCGGGGCGGUGCAGAACGAGAAGACUGAGUCCAAACAGACGAAAUCACGCAAUUUCCUGUUGGAAUCCGGAUCAGCUUCCAGUGAGUCCGGUUCAGAGUCUGAGCGAGAUGAAGAACAGGAAGAGGAACGUGCUCCAGUGAGCGUCCGCUCGUCCGCAGAGCUUCCGGUUCCUCCAACGGUCGGUUCUGCUUCUAACAAACUGCCUUUGCCUGCUCUGGGAGGGUUCUGCGUUCCGGUCGGCAGCAGCGUGUUCGCGAACCCGUUUAAAGAACGAGCAGAACAGAAACUCAACGCGCUCCAGAAACACGUCCCGCUCACGCCCCACGCCCAGCCCACGCACAUCGGCGGGAAGAGGGUGUGCGUGGCCUACAGGAAAAAUGGCCGCUGCCGUUUCGGAAUCCGUUGCAAGUUCGCUCAUGAUAGUGACCUGCAGCAGAACGUAGCAGAACACACUGUCUCGGACUCGAAUGACGCUGCGGCACACACUCCGAUCUGCAGGGAGUCGGCUGUAGAGAGGCACAGAGAAGACGAGGAGGAGAAUCAGAGCAGGAGGAAGAAACACAGAGUGGGAGUGAGCGACAGUCUCAUCCCUCCCAAACGGGCGCUGAAACAGUACGCCAGGAAUGUCUCUCACACACACAAACACACACACACACACACACACAAUGACGGGGUGUGAGAAAUAAGAUCUGAAUUCAGGGUGCUGUGUGUGGUCCAAAUUGACCCAGGUGUGAGCUGAUGUGUGAAGGAUUGCUGUUUCAUCCAGGGUGUGUUUUUAGCAGAUAAUUCUAGAUACAAGAUAACCCCUCCACUGAGACGGACACACAGACAACGCCCCCUCCGCUGAGACUGCUGCUCAGGCCACGCCCCCUCCGCUGAGACUGAUGCACAGGCCACGCCCCCUCCGCUGAGACUGAUACACAGAGGCCACGCCCCCUCCACUGAGACUGAUACACAGAGGCCACACCUCCUCCACUGAGACUGAUACACAGAGGCCACACCUCCUCCACUGAGACUGAUACACAGAGGCCACACCUCCUCCACUGAGACUGAUACACAGAGGCCACACCUCCUCCACUGAGACUGAUACACAGAGGCCACACCUCCUCCACUGAGACUGAUACACAGAGGCCACACCUCCUCCACUGAGACUGAUACAGAGGCCACACCUCCUCCACUGAGACUGAUACACAGAGGCCACACCUCCUCCACUGAGACUGAUACACAGAGGCCACACCUCCUCCACUGAGACUGAUACACAGAGGCCACACCUCCUCCACUGAGACUGAUACACAGAGGCCACACCUCUGUGUUUUGUGUUGAUUAUAAUAAAUACUAACACACACGUGUGAAACGGACAAUGCGUCAUAAUUUAUCCAAACCUGUUCAGUUCUCUUUUUUGGAAAACAAACCCCCAACAAACCCUUAUAGCCAUCAGUAUGUUGUAAUAUCUGGUGCUGAGAAUCGUAGUUCAGUGCAGCUGUACAGCAGGACUACAUGAUCAGAAGCUUCUCUAAUCAACACAAACACUGCAGCACUGCAGCACACGAGUACUGAGUACUGACUGACGUCAGGGACAGUAAUGUCCUACUCGGAUCGUUUGAAUCAUUUCAGCAAUAAAGAGUCGACUCUUUCUAAAUGACUCGUUGCCAUUUUUUCUAAACAGGUUGAAGUUUCUGAUGUCUAACUACGGCUGAAACUGUUUGAGGAAACGUCCUACGAGAAGGACAAACGCAGCUCACGUAUACAUAUACGAGCUUGGGAAACUUCGUUUGCAUAAAGUGGAACGCAACAGCCAUCAAACCCUGUUUCUGAUUUUUUUUUUGUAUCGAUUUAAAAAUAUUUUAUGACUCAGUGAACAAGUUGACACGGACAGCACCGACAGAGCCGUAACUUCAGGAGAACUACGACCGGUGUCCUGGAUCAACCGUCAUAUCACCUGUUACUACCCCUCACGCCGUUACAAACAUCUUUAAACAGGAAGUAGUUUGUGAAAAAGGCCAUGGCUUUGUAGGAUGUGAGGUCAUGUGAUCAUACAACACUGUACAGACUCAUGUAGAGGAACAGAUCAUCAAGUAAUAUUGUGUUUAAAUGCAGAAUAUAAGUAUCAUUAUCUGAUUUAAAAAAAAAAUUCAAUAACUGGAUUACAUUCAGCACAUGUACACUGAAAAUAUGACUUCCUUCACACACACACACACACACACACACACACACGGAGAAAUAAUAAACAUUUAAAAAAUAACAUCCUGUCCUUCUUCUUCAGUGUUUAUUAGUAGGAUGCACAGAGGUGUGACGUUGUUUACUUCCUGUUUACACACUCAUUAUCUUCUCACACACACACACACACACACAGAGAGGAAGAGCAGUGUAGACAUGUUUAUUGUACAUGGAUAGUUAGAUUAAGAGAUUUAUAAAACAUUGAAUCUGUUCAAAUCUACCACCACUUCUUCUUCCUCCUGCUACAUAGCG